AUGGACCACUCCCUCCCUUUCAACAAUGAAUCCCGCGCUCUGCAGACCCCGAUCCGCGCUCCUCUUCUCUCCAGCCCUACUUCCGCCGAGCCCAAGUCGGAAUACCUUCGCCAGCGACUUCGCGAACGGCGCCAGGACCUCGGCAUGACCGAUCAGUCUUUGCCCAGGGCGCUGAGUCUAUCUGAACCCAAGCCUUCGCGAGCAAUGGACGAUUACAUCUUCGCAUCCGAGGAGGAGCAGAAAAAGAGCCGUCGCCGAGCACGCGGUCAAACUAGUCGUAUCCCGAGCAAUGCCUCGCAGCAUUCUAGCGCCUCGACGCAACGGGCCCAGAGCUACAGCAUGGGCUCGCGCGAGCAGCAGACGAACCUGGACAAGAUGAGCAAAGACAACUUCGACCUCAAGCUGCGCCUCACUUUGGUUGAAGAGCGCAGCCAUCGCUUCGAGAAUGAACUGGAAGAAGCUUUGGAAAAGCUCGAGAGGAUGAAUGCCGUCGAAGAGGAAAGAGAUGAGCUGUCCGAAGAGAACACCGCUCUGUGCGACCGUGUCGAGGAGCUUCGGCGCUCUCAAGAGGCCUGCGAGCAGAAGCUGAGGGACUCGUGGAAGAUGACGGGCGAGGUCUUCGCCGAGCUCGAGAAGCGCGACGCUGCCAUCAAAGAAGCUCUUGACAUGUACUUGGACUCGGAGCGUCGGAUACAAGAGUUGGAAGCAGAGCUCAUCAGAUACAAGCCUGCGCCUCGUCGACGCGAUUCGUCGUAUUUCAGCACUGGCCCUGACUCCGCUGGAAUUAGGACCGCUGACGAGGUCAGCAGGCCCGCUUCUUCUCAGCUGGGAGGUCAAAGAGACGGCUUCAGCAGCAGUGCGCCACCGUCGCCCGAACGUCACGACACGGUGGCCCAUCUCGCUUCGUCUCGCCCACUUAGCCAGCGAUACAGCACCCUCGUCCGAACCAUGUCUGCCGGAGACAUCCGACUGAACGACCUUCGAGAGCGCGCAUCCACGGCACAUGUGGGCGAGUCUGCUGUUGAGGAGUGUGGCUCCCUCCAUGCUUCGCCAGUGCAGCGCAGACGCACGCUUCGCCGUUCAUCAGCAAGCCCGAAAAUGGACCGUUCCUCAAGCAAAGCAUCUAGCUCGACCCACUCUCAUGGCCUGCGUAAUGUCUAUCUCGAGGGCGAACGUGGCGGACGCUCGCCAUCAUUCUCCGAGAGUAUCCGUGCCCCCUCAGAUGUCACGAGCAGUUCAGACCUCGGCGCAUCUCAGUAUUUCUCAGCAACUGAAGCUGGACCGUUCAGCGGAAGCUCUCCAUGGCCGGCUUCUUCCUCUCCGCUGGGCGCGUACCAAGACAGCAGGGAUGUUGCAAGCAUUGCAGAUUCGGACCAGGGCGAAGGGACAGUCAUUCAUGACGACGCCGGAGACACAAGAAGCGAUAUGACUCAUUUCGAAGACGAAGACUACACGACACCUACGGCGAGCGAAGCACCAAGCAUCCUUACUGAGUUCCGGCCUGGCCAGUAUCCUCAGUGGCCAGGCGCCGGUGGCAAGUACGGUCUCGGUCGGGAUUUGUUCUUCAAUGGUGAGGGGUUGGACGACGUGCCAAGGGGCAGAAGAAAGGGAUGA